GCGUUCCUAAAUAGCCGGCGUUGGGUCAGCACCUCCUUGUCGUCUACGCCUCGAUUACUGCCGGACUGUGGCCAAGGCUGACACCGCUGAGGGACCGUGGACCCUGGAGUGUUGUGGCUCCAUGUGGAAGCCUAAUCUCGAGGAUCGACACUGAUCUGCUUGUCUGAACUGGGCUGUUCUGGCGCGGAGCGCGGAGGUGCUUGGCCCGACGACCGCGCUCUUUUAGCCAGGGCACUGACUGGGCGGGGCCUAAUUUUCUUCCGUUCUUGUAUUGGCUCCUUAAGGUGACGAAGCUUUGCCGGGCAAUCUUGGGCUCAUGGAUCAAGUCCUUGCACUGGAGUGGAUUAAGGAGAAUAUUGGUGCUUUUGGCGGGGACAGCAAUCGCAUCACCAUCUUCGGUGAAAGUUCGGGUUCUGUUAGCGUCAGUUUUCACAUAUUAUCGGAACGCACCAAGGGCCUAUUCCAACGGGCCGUAAUGCAGAGUGCGACAAUGUUUACUCCAUGGGCUUAUUCUGAUGACAAAGACAUGCUCCGUAAGCAGGCGUUUGACAUAGGGGAGAAGGUUGGCUGUAGCACGUCUGAGAGCCAGGCUUUGGUUGACUGUAUGAAAGAAAAGGACGCAUCAGCUCUCUAUGUAGCAUCAGCUGAGAUAUAUUUACAUUGCCCUGCAGUGGUUGACGGGACCUUUCUUGUGGACACACCGGCCAAUCUCUACGCUACCGAUCGAUACAACCACGCGGACCUUCUACUUGGCACGACCAAGGAUGAAGGCACGAUAGGACUCACCUAUAGUCCUCUCUUCUGGGACUACUGGUACUCCAAGGAACCCCCGACGGUGAGCAGAGAAGCUUUCGAUGAAAUUCUCGCUGGUGCAUAUUUUCCAGGCGGAAACAAUCAACAACUUCAGGAUGCGAUCCGAAUGAAGUACAUUGACUGGUCCCAAGCUGACAACGAUGAUUAUGAUUACUUCCGAUCGCAUGUGGAAUACGUGACAGAUAGCGAUUUCGCCUGUCCGACGGACUUGGUGGCGCGGUUCCAUUUCCAGGGGGGCGACAACGUCUUCUUGUAUCAGAUGACGCACGUGCCUACUUUGUCUCUCUACAACCUGGACGGUGAGGGCCCAGGCUGGCUUGGAAGUGCCCACGCUGAUGACAUCUUGUUUGUCUUCGGUUAUCCCUUUUCAUAUCCUAAUUUCACCGAUGAAGAGAGAUCAUUUUCGGUCGAAGUCAUGAAUUUCUGGACAAAAUUUGCCAAAACUGGGAUGCCGGGCACUGUAACAUCGGGCUCGACUCAGCGAGAUUUCUGGCCCCGAUUCACCGUCCCUGAGUUGGCGUACAAGGAACUCAGCUUAAAUCUGACCACAUCCAGAGCACUCAAGAGCGACCAGUGUUACUUUUGGAAUACCUACGUACCACAGCUCCAAACCAUGCUCGCCGAGAUGGACGUUGCAGAACGUGAAUGGAAAGAAGCCUUCAGCACCUGGAAGUACACGGACAUGGCGGAUUGGAGGAAGGAAUUCACCGAGUAUAAAACAAUCAGAUUGAAUUAAUAAAAGGAAACUAAGGAAAAAAGGCCUAUAAUUUGAGCCUGUACCAUGAGGUUUGUGCAUAGGCAGAAAGAUUGAUUCAGACAUAUCCGAUCCAUUUUGCUUCAUAAAAUUGUUCUUGGAUUUCAAAUAGAUUUUUUCUUUAUUUUCAAAUUAAAACAGGCUGAAUUUCAUCUGGAAAUGCAGAUCUUUUCAAACGUUUACAAUACAUUCUGUACGUCCGGUCGAUGUUCAUAAUUUUACACUUUAUUAUUCUAGUUCGAUUUAUUUUCAGAAUUUAAUUGAACUAGAAGUUGUCACAUAAAAGUGGAAAGCCUCCUCCAAAAUUGUCCUAAUUAUUGGUGAAUAUGGGAGUGUUUUGCAGAAAUUGGGAAUCAGCUUAGGCAGAAUGCAAAACAGAAUUAACAACACUUUCCUGAGAUUUCUAAAAUUGUCACGGAAUUUUAAUAAGUUUCAAAGAUUUAAAUUCAAAAACAAAAACAAGUAAAUUCUACGAGAUAAUUCUUUGAAAUUUUCUCAGCAAUUAAUGGCGUAGUCUAAUACACACGUAACUUUUGGGUUUUUUUGAAGAAUAAAUAAUCUAACAAUUAGCAAUGGCAUCGUCAGGAAAUUUUUCUGGGGAGCAAAGCCCAUAAUAACGGAGGUGAAAUUAUUACUGUACAAUGUUAAGAGCGCCACCAAUUUUUCAGUGGUGCCUAAACUAACCUAGUUACUCUUUCUUCAAUAUGGAUAGCAAAAUCUUGUCAGUCGCACGUCCCCCGUCACAUGCUGUGUCUGCGGAGAUAACGAAACAAAUUGUAUGCUGCACACUGCAGAGAACCAAACCGAGUCGCUUUUGAUGUAGUAAUUCAACUAGUUUCAUGAAAAUAAUAAAGUUUUUCAACAUAUUAGACCUAAACAGAAUGACGUUACGUUUUGUUCACAUGUGCGCUUUGCAGUAGUGAGGUAGACGCUUUUAUCAAUCCCCCAUGGGAAAGCACACAUGUAACAAAAUGUGCGCUGGCGUCAUGUCGACUGAUGUUUAUUGCUAACAGAAAGUUACAACAUUUAGGCACGACGUUAAAAAGUAACUUGAAUUUCUUAACAUGGAAAGGGAAGAACUUUAAAAGAAACAAGAGCAAUAGGCCUACGCAGAAAGUAGA